GUGGUGGCGUAGUGACUCGCCUCAAUCUGGGUGGCGGAGGACGAAUCUCAGUUGCCUCUGUGUCUGAGACCGCCAACCCGCAUCUUAUCACGUGGCUUGUUAAGAGCAUUAUCGCGGAGACAUAGCGCAUGUGGGGGCUUCAUACUAUUCUCUGCGGCAUCCACGCACAACUCGCCACACACCCCACUGAGAACCGCAUUAUAGCGACCACGAGGAGGUUACCCCAUGUGACUCUAACCUCCCUAGCAACAUGGCCAAUUUCAUUGCUUAGGAGACCUGGCUGGAGUCACUCCGCAUGCCCUGAAUUUGAACUUGCGACUCCAGGUGUGGUAGUCAGUGUCAAUACUCUCCGAGCCAGGUCCCCUGUUUUCACCAUUCUAUAUGUAUUACUUAAUAUCAAAACUAAAACUAAACUAAGAAAUAACUAAAAAUGAAAACUAAAUUGGAUUGAAAAAUUUAAAACAAAUUAACUAUUAUAUGUAAACUAUUAUAACCUUCAUUGCUACAAAUGUAUGGAGUUAUAAGGUCAAGUUACUGUUGAAAAUUAAGCAUGUGUCUCAGAUGACCAUUGCUUUUUGUUUUAUUUUUUUGUAGGAUGCACAUAAGAAGUCUUCAAUGUGCUCUUCCCAUAAAACUGAGCUUCUUGGGACUGUCCCUUUUAAUCACCAUUCUAUGGGUGUUACAGAAGGAUCUGGGGAUACAGAAAUCUGACAAUUACUGGUUUCAGGGUCUUUCCCAACAGCCAAGAUACAGAGGCAAUGUGGGUUGGAAUUUCAGCGGCAUCAGAUAUUAUCAGGCGUAUAACACUGUACAACCCACUCAAGGGUUUUCAGUAGAUGUCAGGUGUUCCUUUGGGUUCUACAGCCCAGAGGAGCUUACACCUCUCAUUGAGAGACCUCUGGAAGGUCCAGGAAGACCUGGGGCGGAUGGAAAGCCCUUCAUUACAGGUAUGCUGACUCCUGCUGAGCUGCGGGAGAAACAAGAGGGUCUUUUUAAGAAUGGCUUCAAUCAGUUUGCAAGUGACCGCAUCUCCCUCCACCGCAGUCUUGGCGCAGACUCACGCCCCCCAGAAUGCAUUGACCAAAAGUUCCGCCGUUGUCCGAAGUUGCCCGUUACCAGUGUGAUUAUUGUAUUCCACAAUGAGGCAUGGUCCGCUCUCCUCCGCACUAUUUACAGUGUCUUGCAUACCACCCCAGCUGUAUUCAUUGAAGAAAUUAUAUUGGUGGAUGAUGCAAGUACUCAAGAGCAUCUAAAAGCCCCAUUAGAACAGUACAUCCAGUCUCUUGAGAUUGUACGUGUUGUACGGCAGCGUGAGAGAAAAGGUCUAAUCGCUGCCAGGCUUUUGGGUGCACGGGAAGCUAAAGGAGAGGUGCUUGCCUUCCUGGACUCCCACUGUGAGUGUUUCUAUGGUUGGUUGGAGCCCCUUUUGGCUCGUUUAGUUGAGGAACCUACCGCACUUGUGAGCCCAAAUAUUGCUAUCAUCAACAAGGACAAUCUAGAAUUUAUAAAGCCAGUGUCUUCGGCCCGUACACAAAUCCGUGGCAACUUUGACUGGGUCCUGAGGUUUGGCUGGGAGAGCAUACCUGAGCAAGAAAGAGUAAAAUGCAAAGAUGAGACACAUCCUGUCAGGACACCAGCUUUUGCUGGUGGGCUUUUUGCCAUUAACAAGCAGUUCUUUGAACACAUUGGAACCUAUGACGACAAGAUGGAAUUUUGGGGAGGAGAGAACAUAGAGAUGUCCUUUAGGGUAUGGAUGUGUGGGGGUCGCCUGGAGAUCAUACCCUGUUCUGUUGUUGGCCAUAUCUUCCGUUCCAAAAGUCCACAUUCCUUCCCCAAAGGUUUAGAUGUCAUCUCAAUCAACCAGGUCCGUCUCGCAGAAGUCUGGAUGGAUGACUACAAGAAGAUAUUCUACAACAGAAAGAAGCAAGCUGCCUCCAUUGCAAAGGAGAAAUCAUAUGGGAGCAUUAGUGAGCGCCUGAAGCUCAAAGAGAAGCUGCAUUGCAAAAAUUUCUCUUGGUAUCUUGAAAAUGUUUACAAAGAGGCCUUUGUGCCUGAUUUGAACCCAGUCCUGUUUGGAUCGUUGAAGAACAUUGCUACAAAAACUUGUAUUGAUAUUGUUGAGAAGAAUCCUGGCGGAAAGUCUGUGAUUUUAUUCAUCUGCCACAACAUGGGAAUAAACCAGUAUUUUGAGUACACCUCAAAUCAGGAGCUGAGGCAUAAUGUUGAUAAGCAGCUGUGUCUGCAUGCAACCAUUGAGCCUGCUCCAGUACUAGUGGAGCCGUGCAACUUGAACGGUGCCGGAACCGUACCUGCUCCACAGCAGACAUGGAGUUUAAUUCUUGUCUCUCAACAGAUCUAUCUUCUCCAAAAUGUUUUGUUUAAUAAGUGUUUAGCGGUGGAUAAUGGCAACGUCAUCAUGAGAAGCUGUGACCCUGUCAGCAUGUUUCAGCAUUGGGCUUUCACCUGAUCAGAAGUCAGAUUUACUUGAGGAAAGAUUAUGUUUGGGAAUAUUGCAUAAAUCAGAAUUGCUGCCCAGUGCAGGUACACAAAUGUUGCUUUACUCUUUUGCACAAAUGUAAGUUGUAAGUCUUAUUUUGUUUAAAAGUACAGUUAAAAUAAAGCAGGCUUAAUUGAAUGUAGAAAUAUUAAUGUUUGCCAAAUAAUGCACACUGUCAUGAAAUGUAAGGCUUUUUUGUAUGAUCCCAGCAUUAAAUGUUUUCAUAAAGCACACUGCACUUUUUGAACCCUGGACUGUUCAUUGAGUGA